AUGAGUACAAAUACAGGAACAUCUAAUACCUCCACAAGUGGCGCUGCUCCCAGCCUGUCGUCUUAUAAAACCAUUAAACAAAUAGGUGAAUCAGUAUGGAAGAACCGAACAGUAAAGAUCAAUGCGGAACUCUUUACGUUGACUUAUGGGUCAAUUGUAUCACAAUUAUGCCAAGACUAUCAGCGUGACUUUACUAAAGUGAAUGAUAGACUCUUUUCCAUGGGCUACAAUAUCGGAAUAAGGCUUAUCGAAGAUUUCCUAGCUCGUUCUGCCCUACCAAGAUGCGAUAACUUUGUAACAACAAGUGAAGUGAUCAGUAAGUGCGCAUUCAAGAUAUUCCUCAAUAUAACACCACACGUAACCAACUGGUCUACUUCGAAGAAUUCAUUCUCAUUGAUAUUUGAUGAGAAUCCUCUUUCUGACUUUGUCGAAUUACCCAUGGAUGCAUCAAAAGAACUAUGGUACUCUAACAUACUCUGUGGUGUAUUGAAAGGUGCAUUGGAGAUGGUGCAGUUAGAUUGCGAGGUUUACUUUGUUUCAGACGUAUUACGGGGUAAUCCACAAACUGAACUCAAGGUGAAACUAAAUAAGAUACUCAAAGAUGAGAUGCCUGCUGGGGAAGAUUAA